AUGUUGGACCCGACACUCGAGAGACUUUCGGCGUCUCCGUUAUCUGUAUUGUUGUAUGUCCCAUUGCUGCUACAAGUGACGGUGAUUGUAGUUUCUGGUCAAGGACAGGAUGCGACAUCGGGUCAGUGUAAAUGUGUACCAUACUAUUUGUGCGGAAACGGAACGAUUGUUACGAGUGAUAAAGGAUUAAUAAGCCCAAGGUUUAGAAGAGAUUUAAAGUGCCCUGAUAUCUUGCACGUGUGCUGCUCUGAAUCAAUGAUAUUAGAAAAGCCUCAAGAAAAGGAUAUGAUUAUCGAUAAGAUGAUUUGGGAAAUGUUUCCUACACCUAAACCUCGAACCACGUCAUCGGAUAUGUGUAAAUGUGUACCAUACUAUUUGUGCGGAAACUUUAUGAUUGUUACAAGUGGUAAAGGACUUAUAAAUCCAAGGUUUGGCGGAGAUUUAAAGUGCCCUGAUAUCUUGGAGGUGUGCUGCAAUGAAUCAAUGAAAUCAAAAGAGACCUCAGAAAAUGAUGUGAAAAGGAAGAAUCUCGAUAAGGCAAUUUGGUCAGUGUUUCCUACACCACCACAUCCACCACCACCAUCAGAUCGGUGUACAUGUGUACCACACAAUUUAUGCAGAAACAAGAGGAUUAAAAUAGCAACUAUUAUAGACAUUAGGUAUGUCUUAUCACAAUAA